CGCUGGGGUUGGUCAAGUGUUGGGCGAAAUGGAUCUUAACUCCCGGUGCUUUCCUCUUCCCUCCCCGAAAGGAUGUAGUUAAAAGCUAGGGUCAGGAUGUUGAUCACUGCCUGGGCCUCCUCGUUUCAGAUAGUUAUGGAGAAUGAUCCUACUUCCUGAAUCCCAAAUCUUUUUUUACUCCGUUGUUUUUGGUUUUGAGAGGAUCUUUGGAGGCAGUACUUACUUGUUGCCUCCUGUAAGAGCUCUUCAUUUUAGAACUCUAUUCUUCUCCUUCCCUCUUUGCAGCCCUCUAAGCCACACUAAGAGUUACAUUAAAAAAAAACCUGCGUUUAAGGUGUUUGUAAAUGACUUGUUGGCCCUCAGUUGUGUAUAAUCAAGAAGUGCUUAAGAGUUUGUAGAAAAUUCGAUUGGCCUGAGAGUAAUCCCAGAGUUGAGCUGUCCAAAAGCAGGUGGCUUGUUCGUUUGCAUUUCUGCUUUCAGAAAGGAAAUCAAUGCAGUGAGUUGUUAGAAGUUAGGGGCCUACCCCACGCGUUUAGACUGUUGAUUCGAUUUCCUUUACCGGGUUUUCGGUUUUAAAAAUAAGAAUAAGCGACCAGUCUUCACUUAUUAAAGUGGUUUUAUUUUAUGGUUUUAUUUGUUACUGUUAGAUGGCAAUGGAAAAUGGGUUAAAUCUAUUGUGUAAUGUUAUAUUUUAGGAGAAGCCCCAAAUGGAAAAGUUAAAAAUAAUGUUGUGCAUCUCAUUACAUUGUACAGAUCACUGCAUGAAAAUGGUAUCAAAAUAGUUAAUAUCUUGUAAUUAUCAAAGAAACUUCUGGAAUUGGCAUAAAACAGUUGAGGUUACCCACAAAAUCAUUAUAUUAGCAUGUGUAGCAGACAUUGUGUAGAAGAGUUCAGAUGCAGGAGAGGACUGGAGUAUUCUGACAUAAGAUAUGGCUCGUGGACAGCAGAAGAUUCAGUCUCAGCAGAAAAAUGCCAAAAAGCAAGCUGGACAAAAGAAGAAACAAGGACAUGACCAAAAGGCUGCUGCCAAAGCUGCCUUAAUAUAUACCUGCACUGUUUGUAGGACACAAAUGCCAGACCCUAAGACCUUCAAGCAGCACUUUGAAAGCAAGCAUCCUAAGACUCCACUUCCUCCAGAAUUGGCUGAUGUUCAGGCAUAAAGUUGUUUACAGGUGAAUUCAUGACACCUUUGACUCUUCUACUGUCUCAGACCUUAGGUAACAAACCUGCAGCUGCUUUUCUAACAAACUGUUGAUCAGCAAAAAUAAAGGGGCUACAGAAACACUCAUUUUUAUGCUGUUCCCUUUUGGGCUUCAUGCAAAGACAAUUCUGUGUAAAUGUACAGUUGACUCUGAUUUGGAAAUCUGAAAAUCAGUCCAUCCUUGUUAUAAAAAAUUUUUUUACAAUUGUAAUUAUAUUGAUGUUCAUAUUGUGUAAAAUAACUCAUUUAAUAAAGUAGUACUUUGAUUUUACAACAUCA